AUGAAGUCUCCUGCGACGCACGCUAAAGGCGGGGGCUCAAUGCCACCCUCUGGCUCAUGCCGGAGAGGUUCUUUGGACGCGAGUGAGUUGCCUUUGGCCUCUCCGUCUCUCCCGCUAACGCCAGCAAGAAGUGCAGAUGGUCAGGAGCAACAGCCUCCUCCAAUUCUGCAUGGCGGGCGGUCGUGGCGCUCGCCGGGCGAGGUGGGAGCCCUUCCGGUGUCGGCAGGCAUUGAAAGUCCUCUGAUCUCAACCGCGCUCUGCUGCUCGCCAUCUCUCUCAUCUGUCCCCCGAAGAGGGGGCUUGGAAGAGGCGGGAAAACCAUUCAAGGCUGACGCACUUGGAGUCCCGUCCCCUGCAGCUCCUUGCGUGGCUCCUUUCCCCUCGUCCGUGGGCGAAGCACCCUCGCGCAGUUCUCCGUCUCCCCACACAGCGUCUAUCCUCAGCGAUGUGUUCUCGGGGCUCGCUCGCUCCAAGACGAUCUCAGCAGAGCCACGGUCGUCGCCCUCUGCACCUGCCCCCCUUCCCUCUGCCCGCUUGACGGCAGGCGCGAUGGUUUCUGGCGCCCUUGCGUUGAGCCCAAGCCUGCAGUUUUCUUCGGGAACGCUCAACAGCUGCAUGCCCCAUGAAGAGCAAAAGACACUCUGCGCAGGCGCACCGGGCGCGACUGCGGACCCUCCUCUCGCGAGACUCGGCGCAGGCGCGGUCCCACAGCUUCCGCCACCCAUGCCGACUAUGCUCUCGAAUGUGAGAUCGAAUCAUGCGCUCUCUCCGGGGGCAGCAGGGAGCGCGCGGGCCACGCCUGACAGUCUGGGUUCUGCCGCGCCGCUCUCCGGGCACCUCUGGCCGCCGCUCUCUUCAGCCUACUGCUCGCGCGAGAGCCUACUCGCGGCGGCGACGGAGAGACCAGCACUCGUCUCUGGAAGCGCGGGAUUCCUUUCUCCGGCGCUUCCACCCAGCUUCCACUGCGGCAAAGAUCGAGCGGCCGCAGCUGGCGCCCAGAUGCAUCCCGCGGUCUCCGGAUUGCCGCAGCUGCCUCCUCAGACAGCCCCAGGGGCCCCGGGGCACACCGACGGACGCGAAUCGCUGCCCAAGGUCGUCGGGGUUCGGUAUGACAAAGUGAACAAGACCUGGAGAGCCUCCUGGUACGACCCCCAGUCGAAACGAAGAGUGGAGCGGAAGUUCAGCGUCAACAAGUUGGGCUUUAUCAAUGCGUACAACAUGGCAACAGAGUGCCGGAAGCUACACGAGCAGAAGCUCGGCCUGCGAGACCGGGCGGGUCGCAAGCAACAGCAGCAGUCCAAGAGCCCCUCCGUCGCCGCUCCGCCUGCCGUCUUGGUCCCCGCCUCUUCGUCGGCGUGCGUGCCUCAGCUGGAACUGCAACGCCAACAAGAGCUGCUGACGCAGGCCUCGUCGUGGGCAGCCUCGCAGUCGCUUCUGGCCGAGCGCCUGGAAAAGGGGACUCUGCAGCAGUUCCUUCCGUUUGACUUCGAGCAUGCACUCAGCUCGCAGCGCGCUCCGGUCGGCUCCGCGGCGGCUGGCCCUUUCAGCUCGUCUGCUGAAGCCGCAGCUCUCGCAGCCUUCUCUGCUGCCACCGACUCGUUCCUCGCUCCUCAGGGUGCAUUUCGCAAUCUCGAAGGCACGCCCCAAAGGCCCGCUGCUGACCUGCAGAGUCAGCACCAGCUUCAUCUCUUGUCGCUCGCCGCAGCGCAGCCCACGGUCAAGCCAGAGCUACAGAGCGGGUCUGCGCGCUCCGACCUGAGCGGCAUGCAAGGUCGUUCGACUCAGGAGGCGCGCGUCGCCGAACCUGAGCCAGAAGAUUCUGCGCCGAAAACGCCUCCAGAAAACCCCGGCGAGCGGCUGUUGUCAAUUCGACCCCGAAAGCGCAAGGGGCACCCGGAAGAAGAUUCCUCGAGCCCGCCACGAGGCGCUGUAGCACGUCUUGAGGGCUGCGGCGCUCAGACGGGGGAGGGCGGCGAGGCGCAGGACACGAAGGACGUGAAACACGCAAAGAUCUGGCACAGCGGAGGCGGCGCAUGCGCUGCUGACGGCCACGGGCGAAACUCGAGCACGCCGCCGAGUUACAGUUUGGGAGGAGCGUGUCUGCAGAGCGGAAAAGGCAGGCACGCCCACGAGAACGAGGGGACCGGUGGCGGCGAGGGCACAAGCUCCGCUCACGGUCAGCGCGACGCGCAGGCCGGCGUUGAACGCGAGGAGUCCGCAGGCAAAGCGCAAAAAGCCGAGAGCGACGAGCGUUGCGCCUCACGUCAGCUCUGUGGCCGGGAGGAAGCUGAGACUGGCGAGCCGUCCGCAAAGAACUCUCGACUCCCGUCCUCAGGCCAAGAUGAGAGUCCCACACCUGGCAAACAGAUGCGGCGUGGCGGUGCCGAUCGGGAGACGACCGACGACGACCAGACAGACGGGCCCUCGCGCGAAAGCAGAGCAGCGACCCCGAUGGCCGCAAAAGAAGCCCAAAGCUACCGCACAUCAGGCCGCCCCAGCCGCGCCCACGCUCCGCAGCGCGAGAGAGGGGGGGGCGAAUGCAGGCCGGGACGUGGCGAGGGGGAGCAGCAGCCCCGCGGCGAGCGCACGCACGCGACCAUUGUGAGGGGGUCCAAAGAAGCCCACGGAGAGGCGGCAGCCCACGAGCUCAAACGCGUCUUGGAACAAUGCACGGCGGGGCGAGGAGAGCGGGGGGACCACCUCGGCAAAGAGCCCGGAUCCUUUUGCCGGACUGCAGACGACUGCGGCAGCAGGCAUUGCGGCGACCGCGGAAUCAUUGGCGCAGGCUGCAUCACGCCGUCGAUCGCCGACCAGGCACCUGGAGUCGGCGUCCUAUCGCCCCUGCCUCGUUCUGCGCCCGUCCAUGCGGUUUCCGCCUCGAGCAAACGCCGCACCCUCCUCUCUGCGUCCUCGUUCGCGCCCACGUCUCUUCUGCCUUCAACGUUCUCCCUCGCCGCCUUUGCGCUAGCCGCCGCGCCAAGCGGCGCGUCCGGUGAUGUUCUCUUGUGUCCGGCUGCGCGGCCAGUGCUCCCUCCCCUCUGCGCCUCGGCGAGUUCCUGCCGCGGCUCAUCCCCCAGUCCGCUCUCCUGCGACGUCGCUUGCCACUUCGUCUCUCCUGGUUCACGAACCGGGAGCGGCGUUUGUUGCUGCAGGCGGCUGUCCUCUGCUCUGCGGGAAAGCAGCGUCGAGACCCCUUGCUGCGGUCGCCACUGUGCAUGUGCGUGCUGCGGAGACGACUGCCGAGUCUUUUCGCGAUCUCUGCGUCACGGCUACCCCACAGCAGACAGCGUCGCGCACGCUGCCUGCGGAGGCAGAUCGCUCGCACGCGACGCUUCUCCCAGCAGCGCAAGCCCCUCUGGAGGGCGUCUGGCUCCCUCCCAGAAAACGGGAGGGACGUCUGGCGCGAUGUAUGCGGCGCAGGCUUCGGCCUCGUCUUCUCCUUCGUGCUGUCCACGUCACCACGGCGUCACCGAUGGAGCCGGCGAGGCGCUCGACCGCGGCGGCGGGUCUUCGACGUGCUCAUGCGAAAGCGGGCUCUCGGUGUCUCACGCGCGCGGCGAGAGCGGCUGGGCGCCUUCCUGUCUCCUCUCGCUCGAGAGCGACGGCGGCGGCGCCGCGACAGGGCCGCUGAUCAUUUUGCAUCUCACGAAAGAGCUCGUUCUUCUCCUGCUUCAGUCAGUGCAAGACGCCGUCAGGUCCUUGGCCGCAGAAAGUCCCGUGGCGCAGGCCGAGCCGGCUUGCGAGACGGAGCUCGACGCGGGCUGCGGGAGGAGCCCUGUUGACGCGCCCGCCUGCGAUGAGCCCGACGCCUGGCAGGGCGGAGACUCCAGUCCCGACCAAAACCCAGGCGGGCCUCGCGAGAAGCGCGAGCGUGGGCGGCCGGCGCGCGAGGCGGUAAGCUGCGAGUUCUCCGGCAAAGACGCGGAGCUGUGCGUUGCAGCCAUCGAGCGGCACAAAGACUCGGUGCGGCUCGCCAGCCACGUUGAGAGCCUCGGGCGCUACACGAAGCUCUUCCGCGCGUGCAUCAAAGCAAAGCAAGUCCCCACGCAACUUCCUCACCUGCGUCUCCUCCAGCUCUUGCGCGAGUUGCUUAGCAUGCAGAUCGUCGAGGAAGAACGCAGAGCGCAGCAGGCGCCGCCCCAUGGGUCUCCAGCGGCGGCAGCGGACAACGUGCUCGCGCACGGGGUCUCCUCCACGGAAAGCUCCUCGGGACAAGUCAGCCCGGCCGAGUUCCCCGAUCGACUGCCGAGUGCGGGCGCUUCUUGCGAAAAGGACGGCAGUAUGCGCGCGGCCAGCGGGUCCGGAGGCACCUCGGGGCGAGGGGCGGGGGGUCGCGUGAGCCGCGUCACGACGGCGGCGACGGACGAAGUCCACGCCCGCGAGCCAGACGACGAAGGGGCGGCGGAGGCCGUGGAGACCGAGGAGUCAGGAACCAGCGAAGGCGAGCGCCGGCUGACGCGCGGCGCGUGCUCGCACUCGAGAGAAGACGGCGGCGCAGCCGCGGCCGCGCACCCAGGCGCCAGCCACCUUCCUUCGUUGGGGGCCGCGGAACAGGGCAAAGGCCCCGUGGGCGGGGGGGGCGACGGGAACGAGCGAGCCGCUCGCGAGGAGGGAGAAAAGUCUCCGGCGAAGCAAAGCUUUCAGCAACACACGCACAACACACGAAGCAGAAGCCACUUAGCCAAGCAAGGCGGCGGAGGGGGGCCAAGUUCAGGAAAUGCCUCACGCACGGGCGGUGAGCGGAACUCGGGCGCAGCUGCUUCCUCCUCGCAGGGCCGCCCUCACCCCCGCGGUCUGCCGGGAGCGCGGCGAGCCUGCGCUGGCAAACGCCAGCAGCACGCGGCCGAUGCUGCCUCGACGACGGGGGGGGGAGACGAUAACCAGUCGUCGGACUCUGGAGGAGGCCAAGAGGAGCGGAACCCGGUGAAACCUGAGAAAAAUGCUUCGGGCGGCUUGUCAGCUUCUUCUGUCGAGUCCCGGCGGAGCUCGCAGAGUCAGAGGCACCCUCCGGAACCGACGUCGAGUGCCGAGAAGCCUUCACUCACCGCGACGUCACAGCUCUCUCCUCAUUUCUCUCCCUCAGGCAAAAUCCCUUCCUCAUUCUGCUUCGGAGACCGGCUGGCGUCUGAAUCCUCCUCUAGCCGGCCUCCCACAGAGAUUCUCGGCGGAACACCGUCCUCCGCGGAUGGCGACGGCCUCAUCGAGGACCAAGACUAUGACGUGCGUGAGGGAUCCUCCUCUCGAGAGGGCGAUGCCACUGUCCAAGAUUCUCUCGCGCGGCUGCUCCUGUAG